UGGGACUUUUAUUUUCCAUCGCUGGAGAGAAGGCUAGACCGAAUGUGUUUCACAAAGAACAUGUUUACAGUUUAGCAAGUGAUCGCUUUGUUGGGCGCUAGGAUGAUAGAGGUGUAAAGUAUGUUUAUGUUACCUUUCAGACUUGGAAAUUCGCCACCUGGUCCCAAGUUAACAUCUGUCAAGUUGCUUCUCCGGGAGAACUCUUCCCUAAAGAGCCAUGGCCCUUUCCACUUGUAACCUGUCCUGCGUGGUUGCAGUACUAAUCUGCUGGAGUGGAGCUUCUACAUUUGCCUUUCCCCUAAACAUUACAAUGGAAAUGAGUGGUGAUGGUGCAGAACCAGAGCUUUUCCCUGCAGUGCUUACCACUCACAUCCCUGUUUCAGUUGCUCCAACCCAAAAGGUCAGCACUAUCACCACUACUAUCAUUCGCCUAAAGGACUUUGUCUUCAACCAAGUGGUGGAUGUCUUGAAGGAGAAUCUGCUGCUAUUUACGGUGGUGACCUCUCUCCUCAUUGUCAUUAUCUUCAUUGUGUGUUGUGCCUCUGCCAUGAGUCACAAGCGCAAACUGGACACCUUCUAUCCCCCCACCAAAAAAUACCUCCCCAGGACAUACAUGGACCAUGGGGCCCAUUCAAAAGAUCCUUAUCCUGGGCCGGUGCCCCAAACAACCACGGCCAUGUCCAAGAACCUACGCACACCAUCUAAAGCACUUGUGGGGGCCAAAGAGGGCAAAGAACCAAGACCCAAGCCACUGGAGGGUCCAGUAAUGCAGGAGUUUGAGGAGGUAGAAGUAGAAAUGCAGAAGGAUGAGCCAAAACUGCAAUCAGAAAAAAAAAGCCCUAGUCAAAGUACAAGCCAACCUGUGGUGUGUACCUGCCACCUCAAGAGGGCCAGUCCCCCAGCUGAGUGAGAAAGUGAGAUUGACAGCUAGUGAUAAUAUUGUUUUCCAGGGAAAAGAACUUAACUGUUCAUAAUAAUAAUUAAUAAUUUGUCAUAAUAAUUCUACUGUUACAUUUUCCUGAUUUCUAGAUAUUUUUCUCUAUGCAAUUCUUUGACACAAUGUUUAAUACUAAUUUUAAUUAAAUAUGAUUGCUUCCUGUUUAGGAAAGUUUAUUAUUAAUAGGUUAUUACAUAAUAUUAAAGGAAGUAUGUGAGCACUUGCAUAUCUCUGCUGGGCAUAAAUUAACCUGGAUCAAUUUCAUUAUGAAAUUGAUAUGAUUUCAAGAAUCAAAAUUUGUUUCAAGUCUAUUAUAGUCUAUGCAAACAAACUCAGGCCAUGUUACAUAAUAUAUGAUCACUGAACCAGCCUUGUCAUAAAUGCACACUGGUCACUGUGCUGAUGUAUUAAAUCCAUUAUUAUUAGUGAUUGCAUAAAAUGGAAUAAUAUGUUAUAGUCAUCUGUAAUGUAACAUAUAAUGGUUUUGCUAUCUUUAAGUAGAAAAAAUGACCAUACCAAUAAAAGCCAAAAUAAACUAACUAUAAUAACUUGACAGAUGUAUUUGUUUGAUGUAUGUUGAUAUACUGUAUUUGCCCUGAAUAAAAUUAAACAUUUUGCAUGGAAAAGGCAGGCAAUCAUUCAUUGUGCAAAAAAAUAAACCAACCAAACCA